CCAGGACCUUUUCUCUGUCUCCUGAUUCUGCGCCCCUGAUUGUAGAGAUGGCUGCCACGCUCUGUGUGAACGUCCAUUCUCAGAAAUGGGAAUUAAUGACCUUCACUGUCCACUCAGAAGACAGAGUGAAGAACAUCAGUGAACAUGUCCGGUCUAAGACCAAGGUUCCCGUGCACGACCAGGUCCUCCUGCUGGGCUCAAAGACCCUAAAGCCCCAGAGAACGCUGUCAUCGUAUGGCAUCGACAAGGAGACGACCAUUCACCUCACCCUGAAGGUGGUGAAGCCCAGUGAUGAGGAGCUGCCCUUGGAAUUGGUGGAGUCCGGUAAUGAGGGGCAGAGGCACCAACUCCAGGUGCGAAGGUCCAGCUCAGUGGCCCAGGUGAAAGAGAUGAUCGAGACAAAGACUGCCAUAUCCCCUAAGAAGCAGGUUGUGACUUGCAAUGGAAAGAAACUGGAAGAUGGGAAGAUCAUGGCAGAUUAUGGCAUCAAAAAGGGCCAUUUACUCUUCCUGACGUACCCUUGCAUCGGGGGGUGACCACCCUGGGGAUGGAGUGAAAUCAGGAGCAAAAGACCUUAUUUCCUUUUGCUCCUUACUAGUCACACCCUUUGAAAAUUUCCCAAAACUAAUGAGAAAGAUAAAUAGCAAGAGAAGACUUGGAGUGGACUGGCGAGGAAGAAUGUAGGAUAUUUCUAACUCAUUGCUUCUUUCAUUCUAACAUGAUUGAAUAAUUGGCAAAAUUUUGUAUAACAUAUUAUAUAUAGAUAUAAUAUAUUAGAAUUUGAAGGCCUGUUAGAGACAGCUUUCAAAACCAGCUUGCAGUUUAAUCCUUCCCUGGUUCCCUCUGAUUCAUAGAAAAACUCCUAUUUCCUUUCCCAGCCAACAAGAUAGUAUGUUUUAGGUUGUGAUCCAUCUUCUUCUUCUUCUCCUUUUUUUUUUUCUUUAAUUGGAGUAUAGUUGUCUUUACAAUGUUGUAUUAGUUUCUGCUGCACAGCAAAGUGAAUCAGCUACUCCCACAUUCUUCUAGUUACUGUGUUUGCAUCUAUGUUUAGCUCAGUGCUUCUUCUAUCAUAUCACUGAAUAAUCGUUGAACCAAAUUGACUUUCUACUUACAGAGAAUAGUGAAAUGGUUUAUUAUGAAGUGAAUUAUUUACUGU